UUUUCUUUUUCGACUGUAUCAUUAGCGACUGGCCACUAACACGUACAACACUUCUUGCUUUUCCAUAUUAGGCGCAGGCCAGGUACAGGUGAAUAUAUCAGAGCGAUCGUUCCUGAUGCAGCAGUACGGACCGCAGCUGCCACAGACGGUCAGGAUGGAACUAGGGGUGGUGUGCGACCACGAGCACCGGGAAGCCUUUAGUAGCAAAGACGACCACGAGGAAUACGUCGUGCUCUUUAUGAGAUCGGUUACUCUGAGGUUCAACUUCCAUACGCCUAAGAUACAGUUCAGACUUGUAGAGCUGCGCUUGACUAGUAAGGAAGAAUCGAACAAGUUGCUGGGAAUCGAGCCACAAAGCGAAGGAGCAACUGGUAUUAUCGACGACGCCAUCGACGGUGCAAAAGUGCUGUUAAAUCUGGAAGAAUUUAUGAAGAAAUCCGUCAUCGGUAAUCAGCGGAAUGUAGACGUCGCAUACAUGAUCACAACACGACCCAACAUAAAAGAAUACUACGACGACGGCAUCUAUGUAUUCGUUCCUGGAAUGACUUACAAAGACUCAGUAUGCACAGACUACAACGUGGCUAUAGGUUGGGACGAUGCGAAAUUUUAUCUUGGUAUAGAUGUAGCUGUACGUCUGCUGGCAAACAUGUUGGGAGCCCCAUGGGAGACGAACGACACAGACUGCAAAUUUGAUGAAGGCUUUCUCAUGGGAAAUUACAUGAAAUAUUCCCAAAACUCCCACCAGUUCUCAGAGUGCAGCAAGAAUGGGAUGAGGCAGACUUUACGGUGA